CACCACCAGCCCACCCCCCGUGCGCAACAAUCCACGAUCCAUUUCGAAAACGCUCUGAGGAAUCCAGACCCGAGUCCCCCAAUCCCCCACAAACGCAGCCGCCACGCCGUACUACUGACCGUUGCCGCGCCCUAACUCCUCGCACGCAGGCGGAGAGAGAGAAGGCAAGGAGGCGCCGCCGCCGCCGCCGCCGCAAGGAAGACCCCGGAAGUCCGAAGGAAAAAAAGGAGGAGAGAUGGCGUCGAGGACGGCCUCCAAGGACAUCAUCACGCUCAAGGGCUCCGCCGCCAUCGUCAGCGAGUUCUUCGGUUACGCGGCGAACAGCAUCCUGUACAACCGCGGGGUGUACCCGGAGGAGAGCUUCGCCAAGGUGAAGAAGUACGGCCUCACCAUGCUGCUCACCCAGGACGAAGCCGUCAAGACCUUCAUCACCAACCUCACUUCCCAGCUCUCCGAGUGGCUUGAGGCGGGGAAGCUGCAGAGGAUCGUGCUGGUCAUCAUGAGCAAGGCCACCGGCGAGGUGCUCGAGCGCUGGAACUUCAACAUCGUGACCGACGGCGAGGUCGUCGAGAAGGGGGUGGUCAAGGAGAAGAGCGACAAGGAGAUCAUGAGGGAGAUCCAGGCGAUCAUGCGGCAGGUCAGCUCCUGCAUCUCCUUCCUCCCCUGCCUCGACGAGCCAUGCAUAUUCGACGUGCUGGCAUACACCGACACCGACACCUCCGUGCCCUUCACCUGGGUGGAGAGCGACGCCAAGCUCAUAGACAACCCGCAGAUGGUGAAGCUGCACUCGUUCGACACCAAGAUCCACAAGGUGGACACGCUGGUCUCGUACAAGAACGAUGACUGGGAUGAGCAGUAGCCCGACCGGCGACCAAGGAGCGUCCAGACCUCUCCCCUGCUUUAUAGCUAUGUGUGAAUCGUUCAUUCACGUCUGGGUGUGUGCUGUUGCUCCCGCUGCGGGAGGAACCGAGGAACUAUGCUCUUUCCCUUCUGUCGUGCUUGUGUGUACCUUUGGGAUUGGAUGAAUGCAUCGCUACCAUGUUUCUACUUCUACAUUA